AUGAAGCUUUUGCUACUUUUAAAGCUAUUCGUCGUAUUGCUAAUUUUGCGAAGAAACCCUUCCGACAUGUUUUGCUUCUUCAAAAAAAUAACCGUUUCGAAAGGGGACUUGCGUCCCUCCAUUUAUGAUUACCAUGUGAAGAAGCUCGAUGGAACAACUGUGGCGAUGUCUACUUACAAGAACAAAGUUUUGCUGAUUGUUAACUCCGCGUCCAAGUGCGGCUUAACGCGGAAGCAUGUGGAUGAGCUUAACGAGCUGCACGACCGAUUGAACGAGAGGGGAUUAGAGAUUUUGGCCUUUCCGACUAGCCAGUUCCUAAGUCAGGAAUAUUCCAACUCAUGCGACAUUUCCUCAUUUAACGAGAAGAACAAGAUCAAAUAUAACUUCUUCUCCCCCAUUGAAGUCAAUGGAGAAAAUACACAUGAGCUGUUCAAAUUUCUGAAGGCCAACUGUGACUCGAUGCACGAUGCGAAUGGAAGGCUGGAAAACAUCGGCUGGAACUUUGGAAAAUUUUUAGUUAAUAAGAGCGGAGACGUUAUCAGUUAUUAUUCCCCAAGAACUUAUCCCCUUGAGAUUGAGAAGAACAUAACCGAUUUAUUGUAA